AUGGGCCAGGUUUUGGGGAUUGAUUUCUUGGGGUCGAGAGAGUUCCCUGAGAACGAAGGCGAGGCAGAGGAGAAUGAGUCGAUAGUUACCUUCAACCCGGAUAUGACAAUCCGGAAGUGCCUGACACAAGGUUUUAGAGUCUUCGCGGACUCAGUAGAAGAGCUGCGCUCACCUGCCAUCCGGGAUGACCCCCCGGGAGAAGAGAGAGUUAUUACGAAAUUAUGCAUACGAGGAGCCUGCGAAGGGGAUGGUAAUGAAAACGCCCAAGACGGGGCUGGUGGGUGGUUCCUUGCAGACGACACACAAAAUUUCGCGGUGAGACUGCCGCCUACUAUCGGCACAACGCAAGCGGCUGAAUUCGCGGCUCUGGUUAUAGCGCUCCAACGAACCCGAACGAUUGAAGAGUUGGACAUCACUAGCAGUUCAAAAUGUUUAAUCGGACUCACGAAAUUUCUCCCGGUGUGGGAAGAUCGCGGCUGGAUUGGCGUCCGGAACAAAGAGCUCAUAAAAAAGGCUGCAGCCGAGCUGAGAAAACGUGGUGGAGAUGCGAGGUUCCGAUGGGCAAAGGGGGAGGAACCUGGGUUAGUAACGGCGCUCCACAACGCAGAGAAGGCUUAUGAAAGCCAAAUGCAGGUAACCUGGACCUAA